AUGAACUCGAAACAGCACUGCAAUCGAUGCGGAAAACAGGUUUAUCCGACGGAUAAGGUUGGACCACUCAAGGAUUCCACGUUUUUUCAUCAGGGUUGCUUCAAAUGCUACAUUUGCGGAACUCGAUUGGCAUUGAAAACCUACUGUAACAAUCGAAACGAUAUCAAUGACAAAGAAGUUUAUUGCUCAAAUCAUGUCCCAAUCGCUGGACCUCACGAUCUUCCAAUGGCAUCGACCAAUGGUUCAGGCAAACAUUUGGAGAACAAUAAUCAUGUGAAAAAUGGAAAUUGGAUAGACGCUGGUCUAUCCGAUAUGAAAAUCGCACAUGCUAUGAAAGCCACUCAAGUCGCUAGGCCAUACCCAAAAAUCAGUCACGAAGGAGCCAAAUACGUGGUGGAUUAUGAUGCCCAGACCCGUUUGGAAUUGUUGCACAGAAAAGAUGAAGACGAGUUGUACGAAGAGUUUCAAGACAAGAGAAACCGAGAAGCUGAGCAAUUCGAGAAGGAGAACACUGAAGAAUGGGAACGAGCACUGGCUGAAUUUGCCAAGAAAUACGAGAAGGGGCAGGCGAAUAUGAAGAAGGAUGAUUUGAUUCGGCAGUUGACAAUCAAGAGGGAGAAGAAGCUGGAGACGUUGCAUACUAAACGAAAGGAACGAGAACGCCACCAAACCGCUGAACUCGUCGACCGGCAAGCCAAAGAGAUGCUGGAACUGUUCAAAGCGUCUCGAUCAGAGUACAGUAACCUACAGUACCCAUCGACUCCACCGCCACCAGUCCCACCAUCGUGUAGUAAAAGGGAGAUCUAUACAACAACCGACUAUUUUUCGACAAUCGACGAAGUAGCGAUCCAUUGCGCCCGUAAUGAGGUGGCCUCAUUCACAGAUCUCAUCCGAACGCUGUCUUCUGGAGCUAGGUCAGAUGUCGACGUGGCAAGAGCCAUCUAUCGAUGGAUUACGAUCAAAAAUUUGAAUACAAUGAUUUUCGACGACUCGAUUCAGAGUGACACACCGAUGGGAUUGUUGAGAGGAAUCAAAUAUGGAACCGAGAGUUAUCAUGUGCUUUUUAAGAGACUUUGCAGUUACGCUGGCCUCCACUGCGUUGUGAUCAAGGGAUUCUCGAAAUCGGCUGGUUAUCAACCUGGAUAUUCGUUUGAUGAUCAUCGAUUCCGGAACACGUGGAAUGCCGUAUUUUUGGAUGGAUCUUGGAGAUUUGUACAGUGUAAUUGGGGAGCCAGGCAUUUGGUAAACGCCAAAGACGGAUCACACGAAGCCAAAACCGACGGAAACCUCCGUUACGAAUACGACGAUCACUAUUUCAUGACGGACCCCGAAGAGUUCAUCUAUGAAUUCUUCCCAUCGGAUCCAGCAUGGCAACUUCUGCCCCGCCCACUCUCCCUGCUUCAAUUCGAACGCAUUCCAUUCGUCAGAUCUCUUUUCUUCAAAUAUAACCUAUCUUUUAUCGAUAAGCAGCUGGAAUCUACAGUUUAUACUGAUAAAACCGGAGCGGCUUCUGUAUCCAUCCGGCUACCACCUAAGGGAGACUCCCUGAUUUUCCACUAUAAUUUGAAAUUUUUCGAUUCGGAAGAGAACUUAAUUAGUGGAAUGUCAUUAAAGCGAUUUGUCAUGCAAUCUGUUACUGAGGAUAUUGUCACAUUCCGAGUCCACGCUCCAUCUACCCGCCCGCUUCUUCUGGAUAUCUUUGCCAAUUCAGUGUCUUCUGGAGCCUAUCUGACCGGACAGCCUAUCAAGUUUAAAAGCGUUUGCAAGUUUAAAGUCGUCUGUGAAUCCCUACAAGUCAUAAUGGUACCUCUUCCCGAGUGUGCUUCUGGAGAAUGGGGGCCAGCGAAGGCUACGCGUCUUUUUGGACUUCUUCCCAUCUCCCAUCCAGAUGCUAUCAUCAAUACCGGGAGAUACGUGGAAAUCAGAUUCCGGAUGACACGCCCACUUUCAGAAUUCGUGGCGUCGCUUCAUAGGAAUCGAACGGAUGAUCGGGCAUUGCAACAGUGCACCAGAUCUAUGUUAAAGGGUGAUAUGGUCUACAUUCAAAUUGAUUUCCCUGGAGAAGGUCAAUACGGACUAGACAUUUACACCCGACAGGACGAUCAGCUAAUCAAUGGAAAACAACUUUUAACCCAUUGUUGCAAAUAUCUCAUUCAUUCGAGGAACUGCUAA